CUGGUGGGCUGGCCCGAUUGACAUCCCUACUCGGAACUAGAAAAUUUCGCGACUCGGCAACUAGAAACAUCCUUUUGCCAAACUGUAAUGUUUUCUUGAGAAAGAAAACAGAGAGAAGCCAAUCAAUUUGAAUUUCAAUCCGACAAAACCUAAAUUGAAGUUCGAUAGCUACACAGCGCGGAGAGAGGGAGAAGCUGUUACAGAGUCUGAGAAUAUUCGAUCAAGUCAACUGAUUAAUCGGAAUUCCAAACGAUGCCAUCGCGCAGAAGAACUCUCCUCAAGGUUAUCAUUCUCGGCGACAGUGGGGUGGGGAAGACCUCAUUGAUGAAUCAAUAUGUAAAUAAGAAGUUCAGCAACCAAUACAAGGCGACAAUUGGGGCGGAUUUCCUGACAAAGGAAGUUCAGUUUGAGGAUAGGCUGUUUACCUUACAGAUAUGGGAUACAGCUGGCCAAGAAAGAUUUCAAAGCCUCGGUGUUGCUUUUUACCGUGGUGCUGAUUGUUGUGUGCUUGUUUAUGACGUCAAUGUGAUGAAAUCAUUCGACAAUCUUAACAAUUGGAGGGAAGAAUUCUUAAUUCAGGCAAGCCCAACAGAUCCAGAAAAUUUUCCUUUUGUUGUGAUCGGCAACAAGACUGAUGUAGAUGGUGGAAAUAGUAGAGUGGUAUCCGAAAAGAAGGCUAGGGCUUGGUGUGCCUCGAAAGGGAAUAUUCCCUACUUUGAGACUUCUGCCAAAGAAGGCACUAAUGUUGAAGAGGCUUUCCAGGUCAUUGCAAGUAAUGCCCUGAAGAACGGAGAAGAAGACGAAAUAUACUUGCCUGAUACAAUUGAUGUCGGAAGCAGCGGCGAGCAAAGGUCAACUGGAUGUGAAUGUUGAAAACAUUAUCCCAGGGAAGCAGCAGAGGCGAAAGCCACCUGUGUAUACUAGCUAUUUAAGUGUUAUUCUCAUUGCAAUUGGAUUUACCUAGUAUUUAUUCUUAGACACAGGUCGUCAUUGAAUUUGUGAAUUUGUGUGGAGCUACGUUUGUCAAUAAUUUGGUCCAGUUGAAAGGGAGACAUAACAUAGCAUUGGCUGCACUAAAUAAUUUCAUUUCUACA